CGCCGCACCUAAGAGUGUAUCAUGCGUCUCCAGAUACUGAACCUCCUAGGUCUUCUUCCUUUGGCUCUUGGGGAGGUGUUCGACCUCUCGCAACUCUCGUGGUCCCUCUCAAAUCAAAACGGCACCAUCGUGAUUCCGGCGUCGAUACCAUCGCAGGUGCAUCUGGACUUGCUGGAGGCGGGAGUCAUUACGGAACCCCUUCUAGGAAUCAAUGAUUUCGCUGAGAGAUGGAUUAUCAAUGACAAUUGGACGUAUACGGCCGAUCUCUCCCCGAUCCUCAAAGCGACUUCCAAGGCGAAAACGAGCUCGCUUCUGGCCUUUUAUGGGCUGGACACGGUAGCGAAUAUUACACUAUUCGGGAAGCCGGUCGCUUGGGUGAACAACCAGUUCCGCCAGUACGUGUACGACGUAUCCGACAUUUUAGCGAAGGUGUCGCCAGGCAAUACGAACUUGACCGUCGCAUUCGAGUCAGCGUGGUUGUACGGUCUCAAUGUGACGUCGCGGCCCGAUGCAGAGGCGUUCCCAGUCACGAGCGUGUCGCUGACUACCAUCAACUUUGAAUAUCCCGGAGUCCGCCAGUGGAUACGGAAGACUCAAUCAGACUUCGGAUGGGACUGGGGUCCGGCAUUCGUCCCCAUAGGGAUUUUCAAGCCAGCGUACCUGAUCACAUUGUCAGACUCCAAGGACAACAUCGGAAAUACCCAUGCUGACGCCAUAUUCCUCGAGGAAAAGACGCUGGAGGUGUACAAGCCAGGUCAAACUCUUGCUAACCGACCCGACGAAUCCGCGGACUGGAUCGUCAACGUCACUCUUGGCUUGCGGUCCGCCGUAGCUUUCUCGGCCCCUUCACUCACUAUUGCGUUCCCGGAGCUGGAAUAUACGACGAACGUCCGUAUCCCCUCGAUCGAACGGAGUCUUGACACAGAACACGUUGUUUCGGCCAGCGUCAGAAUACCCGAGGGUCUCCCUCAGCGGUGGUACACUCACAACCUCGCGACUGGCCCGAAGCUGUACGAUGUGAAGAUUACGCUAGCAGCGUCAUCGACGUAUAAGGUCAGCUGGGAUACCACCACCGGCUUUCGGACGAUCUUCCUGGCACAGGGACCCUAUUCUCAAGAAGACAUCGACAAGCGGGGAAUCACGCCGGGCAAUCAAUGGCACUUCGAACUCAAUGGCGAAGCUUUCUAUGCACUGGGAACCAACAUCAUUCCGUUCGAUCCCUUUUACGCGAGGGUCACUACUGAUAAGGUUAGAUGGGUGCUCGAAAGCGCGGUAGCGAGCGGCCAGAACAUGGUUCGUGUCUGGGGCGGCGGUAUCUAUCAACCCUCCGCAUCCUCGCCAGGAGUGUACGACUUUUACGAUCUCUGCGAUGAGCUCGGCAUUCUCGCAUGGUCGGAGCUCAUCUUCUCCGAUUCGUUGUAUCCUAUCAACGACUUCAUGCUCGGUUCUAUCGAGCCGGAAGUCCGGCAGAAUGUUAGACGAGUGAAGCGCAAUCCGAGCAACGCGCAGUGGGCCGGAGGAAAUGAGAAUGAGCUCCUCGCCAUCUUUGUGAACGAGACGCUCGCGAACGGCACGCAUUAUCUGGACGAGUAUGUCUUCUUGGCCCAGGAUUACUUGCAAGGCAUAGUCACGUCCGAAACCAACUCCGUUGCUUAUACGGACUGUUCUACGACUUUUGGCCCUUUGAGCUUCGAUCCUCUUGUCCAGCGGUUUCUGAAUGGGACUCCAGGAUUUAUCUACGGAAAUACAGAGAGAUACAACUACGACGCGUCGCAAGCGUUCAAUUAUAGCACUUAUCCUGUUGCGAGAUUUGUGAACGAGUUCGGGUUCCACUCGAUGCCUAGCUUCUACAGCUGGGAAGAGGUGCUCACCUCACCGGAAGACUUUUCGUUCAACUCUACCGUGGUCGCCUCGCGUGAUCAUCACCUGCCCGCCGGAGACCUCACUUUCCCUAACCCCAACGCGGUUCUGGGACAGGCGCAGAUGACAAGCGGCGUCGAGCUGUGGCUGCCUACCCCUGGCACGGAGGACUCGAACCAGACAUUCGCGCAAUGGUGCUGGUCGACGCAGAUCUUCCAGUCGAUGACUAUGGCUUCGCAGAUCGCGUGGUACAGAAGGGGUGCUGGACUGGGAGAAAACAACCUUGGCGCGCUCGUCUGGCAGAACAACGACAUAUGGCAAGGCGUAAGCUGGUCUGCUGUCGAGUACUCGGGAAGAUGGAAGGUCCUGAAUUACGGCCUCGCCACGGCUUUCUCUUCUGUGGUUAUCAACGCGUUCUGGACGCCAGACAAUCAGACGCUCGAAGUCCUCGUCACGUCGGACAGGUGGGAAGCAGUCAAGGGCACGGCGGAGCUGUCGUGGUAUACGUGGAACGGCACGCUUUUGAGCAACAAUACCGUUCACUUCACCACCCCGGCGCUCAACAACUCCGUUGUGUUCAGCGGGACGGGCUUGGACCAGAUUCUUCCGCCGGGCUCGGAUCCGAAGGAUGUGUGGCUUCGGAUGAACCUCAUCGCGGUGGCGGAUAAACGUAUCGUUACCAAUGAACAAUUCUUCACCCCGGUUUCGCUGGCGGAUGCGAAUCUCGUUGAUCCGUUGAUUAGUGUCAUUCGCGGCAAGGAUUUGACGUUCACCCUCCGCGCUGCUGGCGGUGUUGCGCCGUGGACGUGGAUCGAUCAUCCCGCCGGCACGGUCGGAUACUUUAUCGACGCCAUUACGCAUUUGCCUUCGAACGGGUUUUACUUGGUUCCCGGCCAGGAUCGAACGAUCAAAUUCAUCUUGAACCAAAGUAUGUCGAGGUCGGCGUCUCCCAAUCCUGCCGACUUCGUGGUUCGAUCGUUGUGGAACAACACGCAUGUCGCGUGAAGGAUAGCGCCUUAUUAUGCCUCCAUAUCAUAAAAAUCAUGGACUAAUAAACC